AGCUCUUUUUAGAUCCAAGCACCAACAGAAUGAGACGGGGCUGGCCAGAAAAUGGGGGACACGCUGGAGAAGAGCUCUGAGGAGCCCGAGCUCUCUUUGAGCAAUGAGUGUUCGACAAAAAUGGGGGACCUGGUGGAAGUCUCAAGUGGUGAAAAGGUCAAGUUUGACGAUACGGGUCUUUCUCUGGUGCUCCAGAAUGGCCUUGAGAACCUUCGGCUUGAAAAUUCCCUUACAGAUGUCAUCCUGUGCGUGGACAGCAGGGAAUUCUCCUGUCACCGAGUGGUCCUUGCUGCAGCAAGCAAUUAUUUCAGGGCCAUGUUCUGCAAUGAUUUAAGAGAGAAAUAUGAAGAGAAGAUCAUACUAAAAGGAGUUGAUGCAGAAACCAUGAAUAUACUCUUGGACUACACCUACACCAGCAAGAUGCUCAUCACAAAGCAAAAUGUGCAGAAAGUCUUGGAAGCCGCCAGCCUCUUUCAGUUCCUGCGCAUGGUAGACGCCUGUGCCAGCUUUCUCACGGAAGCACUCCAGCCAGAGAACUGCGUGGGCAUCCUGAGGCUGGCUGAUGCCCACGCCCUGCACAGCCUCAAACAACAAGUGCAGAACUACAUCAUCCAGAACUUCACCCAGGUCCUGAACUACGAGGAGUUCCUGGAGCUGCCAGCAGACAUCCUGUGCAGCACGCUCAAGAGUGAUGAGCUGUACGUCACGGAGGAGGCGCAGGUGUUCGAAACGGUGAUGAACUGGGUCCGUUACAAGGAGUCGGAAAGGUUUUCUCUCCUGCCAUACGUGCUGGAGAAUGUCCGGCUGCCCCUCUUGGACCCUUGGUAUUUUGUAGAGACUGUUGAAGCUGAUCAACUCAUUAGACAGUGUCCAGAUGUCUUUCCUUUGCUCCAAGAAGCAAGAAUGUACCAUCUGUCAGGCAAUGAGAUUAUUACAGAAAGGACCAAGCCCAGGAUGCACGAGUUCCAGUCUGAGGUGUUUAUGAUCAUAGGGGGCUGUACAAAAGAUGAGAAAUUUGUAGCAGAAGUGACUUGCCUGGAUCCUUUGAGGCGAAGCCGUCUGGAAGUAGCAAAAUUACCAAUCACAGAGCAGGAGCCGGAGAAUGAGAAUAAAAAAUGGGUGGAGUUUGCAUGCAUUACUCUAAAAAAUGAAGUCUACAUAUCGGGUGGCAAAGAAACAAAGCAUGAUGUCUGGAAAUACAACGCCUCCAUCAACAAAUGGAUACAAAUUGAGUAUCUCAAUGUUGGGCGCUGGAGACAUAAAAUGGCAGUGCUGGGUGGCAAAGUGUAUGUCAUUGGGGGCUUCGAUGGCAUGCAGAGAAUCAGCAGCAUGGAAGCGUAUGAUCCCUUUCACAACUGCUGGUCAGAGGCUGCUCCCCUGAUGGUGAACGUGAGCUCCUUUGCAGCAGCCAGCUACAAGAAGAGGCUGUACGUGAUUGGGGGCGGCCCCAACGGGAAGCUGGCCACGGACAAGACGCAGUGCUACGACCCCGCCGCCAACGCGUGGAGCCUCAGGGCUGCCAUGCCCGUGGAGGCCAAGUGCAUCAACGCCGCCAGCUUCAGGGACCACAUCUACGUGGUGGGCGGGGCGAUGAAGGCUCUGUACUCGUACAGCCCGCAGGAGGACACAUGGUGCCUGGUGACUCAGUUCACCCACGAGAGAGCCAGCUGCGGCAUUUCUCCGUGCAACAACAAGCUCUUCAUCACCGGCGGCCGGGAUGAAAAGAACGAGGUCAUUGCCACAGUGCUGUGCUGGGACCCUGAGACGCAAAAGCUGACAGAGGAGUGUGUGCUGCCCCGGGGGGUGUCUCACCACGGCAGCGUCACCCUCAGGAAGUCUUACACGCCUGUCCGCAAGGUUAUGCCCGGGGCGCUUUCUGUCUGAGGCAGGAGCACGGACUGCCCUGGGCAUGGGUUUAACCUCAGGGAGCUGCGGAUGGAGACACCAGCACAGCUCCUCUGGGGGUAUCUGUAUAUAUGCUCAUCCUUGUGCUUCCUCUGUACAUUACAUCCUUAAAUUAUCUGAAUUCCUUCCCUCCACACAAAAACAAAGGGACCGGCUGUAGUUUACUCCUGUCAACACAAUACCUCGAAUCAGGCAAAGAAAUGUAGGUGGGAAAUUUACUUCCCAGCUGUAUCUACCCUGGAGUGUGCUUGAACUGGCUCAGUCUGGCCCCAGAGUUUGGUUAACUAUUUAUUGUGUUAAGUUGGAUUUGCAAUAUCUACUAGUGAAAAAAGAGACAUUGCUUUUGGAGUUAAAUAUUUUUAACUUUGGUGGAACAUAACGUUGUGUCUUCCAAAGCUGUGCUUUUUUUACCCCGUGUUUGGCACAUUAGAUUAAAUUCGAACCAGUUUGUUUGUUUGAAGAUACUUUGUUGGUUUUUCAGUUCUGUGUGAUCAAAAAUACUCCAUCUCAGUUUGCAAACCUUGCUGUCACUCCCAAGAAAGAGACUGCACAGGCUGCAAAUGUAAACGAACGCUAAUUUGUUUCCAGUGAACAUUCGCUGCGGCUGUUUUCUCAAUAAAACGGACCCAAAGGCAGUUUCCCUUUCCCUGUUGUGUGUCGGGUCCUGUUGAGCCUGGAAGGGCUUUUCCUCCCGCGGCUGUGCAGCCGGGCAGGGCAGCAGAGCAGCAGAGCAGCAGAGCCCAUUUCUCCAUCCCUGCCUCCAUCCCCACUGGGUGGCAGUGCGCUCCCGGCGUUUCUCUCACGGCUUUCGGUUUCCUGGAACGCAACCGGGCAAAACAGUCUGCGGGAGACAAAAACAGUUCCAGGUACUGUUCCCAGCCUGGUUCCUGAGCCUGUCACAUGCUGUACCAGAAGGGGCAAAUGUUCAACAGGCCAGGAGGGCCCAAGUCUCCAGUCCCAGUAUCUGGGUCAGUUGUAGGGAAAGAAAAACAAACAUUGAAGAGGUCACGCCCGGGACGCCCUGGGACGCUCUUGGCCAAAGACUGGGAACAUAUUCCCGUCCCUCCUCCCCUGCCUAGUUGCUGGAAAGAGCCAACUCACUGUUAAAUCAAGACAGAAAAUAGAGUGCAAAACAAAUCUCUCCAAGAGGAGAGCAGUGACUCCUUCCAGCCUUCCCUCUCUUCCUCUCUGUAAUGUCUCCUUUUGCCUUAUACAGUAUUAAAAAUAAUAUUUCUGUCAUGUUAGGCUGAGAAAAAAAUACGGGUUCCUGUAUUUCAGCACACUAAUACCAGCGUGCUCAGUGGUGUGGCAGGGCCUGCAGACAGUCCUGGUGCAGGCUGAGCAGGGCAGACACAGCCCAUGGGGCGGGUGCAGCCCUCCAGCGGGUCUUCACUGCAUCCUUCCCUCACAAAGACUGCAAGGAAUCCUGUUUCUUCAGUAUUUGUCCCAUGCCUCCAACUCAUCUCUGUAAUUUCAGCCAAUCCCCACGUUUUUUCACUCUGAUUUUCCCACAGGCCCUCCAUUUUCAACUACUUUUUAAUUGCUCCCCUUCCUUCUUUACAUUCCUGUCGUUCUGCAGGGUCAGCACUUCUCACACUCCCAUGCUGGCCCACGCUCUCCCAUCCCACUCUGCUUUUCAGAGGACAUGAAGAAAUACCCUCCAGACAGAGUAUUUUAUUUCAAAAGGUUUUUGGGAAGAACAGUUACCACCUUUGACUUCGUUGGUAGCACUGGCUGGUCUGGAGGGACAGAGAAGGUGGAUAAAUGGAGGGGGGAGUCUCCCUGUCCUCUUGAGGAGCUGUUUCUGUAUCUUUACCUGUUGGAGAAACUAAUUAUAGCAGCUGCUGCAGCUGACUAGUUCUUCCUGCUGGGAACCAUCCUAAAAACCAGCAGCCCCCAGGAACUGGUUGCUAAUUUUCUCCCUGCAAUGUCCUUAGCAAAGACUUGUAUUUUUUUACUUGAGGAAGAUAAACCACUGAAUUAGAAACAAGUUGUCCAAAUAAACUUCCUAAUACAAAUUCUUAACUCCACAUCUCAAAGGCAGAAAACAGCUUCUUGUCUGUCCUAAGGUGGUUUCCUAGUCACAUGUGCAAACUCUGGGCAAUCACAAGCCAAAACAGACCUCACUGACAAACAUGAGACAGCACAACCACAACCACAGCUUGGCUCCUUUCCCUCUCCUAACUCAUGAAUUGCUCACAAAUUCUGACAUUUUAAUAGCAGUGCAUGAAGAGUUGUGGUCAUUUGCCUCUCUGCUCUUUGUACUUUCUGGAUUCAUGUUGCAAUCCAAAGGACUUGAAGUGUAUCGAAAAACAAAAACAUCCAAAUCAGUAGUUUUAUGUGGACACCAAAAAUCACAAGGCUUGUGAAAAAAAUGGCAAGAAUCAGCCGUGUUGGGCACUCAUCUGCCUGCAGCGAGGUGGGGGUGGAGACAGGAGACAACAGAAAUGAAGUUUCAGAACCUUGCCAUUUCCUUUUCCUAGGCUCUUUCUCAUCUGCCGUGCGUAGCCCCCUCCGGCAGGGGAUGGCCACAGCAGCAGUUUCUGCCCAGGAGCAGAGCUCUGGGUGUGCAGGGCAGUGAAGCAGAGCCGCCUGUCCCCGCAGGAGCUGCCCGGGCUGUGUCGGGACAGCUGCUGCUGCUCCCCAGCACCGACACAGCCCCAGGGCUCUCGGGCUGCCCCGGUGCAGCCAGGCAAAGGCCACUCUCCUUCUGCCCUGCUCAUACAUUACACUUCAGUAGAAAGUGAUGCAGCCAACUGAUGGAGCAGAAGUGGACACUCCAAUAGUAAUUACUGACACUGCAGGAGGUUAAUUAGUUUUAGUGAAUAAUUACUCAAAUGCUUGCAAUGAACUGUACCUCAGAUCCAAAGCUGUGUGUUGUGUACCUGCAUGGAGAUGCUCUGUUUCUCCUGAUAGUGGAACUGAUCUCAUUUGAGGCACAGACCUAUCUCGGAUGUGAUUAUGUCUGCAGUGAUGUAUGGCACAGCCCCAGCCCCUGGAAUGCAGGUCUGACUCCCUUCAGUCUGCUGGUUACAGACAGCAAACUGCACUUGAAAUCCAGCUUGGAGAGGGGAGACAGCAGAGGUAAAUGUUGUGACAGUGUCGGCACAAGAAAAGAGGGAAAAAAACUGACCAGGAAUAUAUUUAGGCUGUAAAUUGGAAUACCUUUAAUGAUUCAUGCUAUUGCAAUUCAUUAAAGGAUUACUGCCCCCAGCUGCCAAAUCACAUGUUAAACCCAACUGCUCUCCAUUUCACUUCAAAUUAAAAUGCAGGGCAGCCACUGUGACGUCCAAGAAGUUCACUUAUGUGACCUGGGAGAGGUCGAUUACUGGGCUCUGGUAAACAGUCUCAGUUUGAAUUUCCAGAGCUUAUGUGGAGACAUCCUUACAAGGCUGGUGAUCACUACACCCAUCAGGUUCUGGAAAAUGCAGAAGCCUAACAUUCUUUGAGACAAAACUCAGGGCAUUUAUGAAAAGAACCUAGUACUUGUGACAUUGCCCUGGUGAGUCCUUUGAUCCUAUUCAGAUAGACUGGGGAAAUCCCAAAGGCAAAUGGUUCAGGCACAUGGUGUGUUUCUUGUAUGCAGGCUAUAACCUGCUGCUUUUGUACCAAACAGCACAGUAAUAUUCCAUAAGAAGUUGUUUACAAGCAGUCACUUAAGAAAAAUGUACCUAUCUAAUAUUAAACCACUUUAAAAAGAAUCAUUAUCAGCUUGCAAUGAUCUUUCUCAGAAGACCACCUCCACAGAGAAGUGUUUUG